AUGGCUCCUGGUCCUGCUCGUAUCAGCUUGGGGUCCCAACUGCUGCCUAUGGUGCCCCUGCUCCUACUGCUGCGCGGCGUAGGCUGCGGCCACAGGGGCCCCUCAUGGCCCUCACUGCCCUCGGCCACCGAAGGUCUGCAGAAGGACAAGGACCCCCAGCAGUCCCCUGGGGAUGCAGCAGCCACGCUGGGCCCAGGUGCCCAGGACAUGGUCUCUGUCCACAUGCUCAGGCUCUAUGAGAAGUACAACCGACGGGGCGCUCGGCCAGGAGGAGGUAACACCGUCCGAAGCUUCCGUGCCAGGCUGGAGGUGGUCGACCAGAAGAAGCCUGUGUAUUUCUUCAACUUGACUUCCAUGCAAGACUCAGAAAUGAUCCUCACAGCCACCUUCCACUUCUAUUCAGAACCCCCACGGUGGCCUCGGACACGUGAGGUUUUCUGCAAGCCACGAGCCAAGAAUGCAUCUUGCCGCCUCCUGACCCCAGGUCCACCAGCACGUUUGCACUUAAUCUUCCGCAGCCUCUCACAGAACACCGCUACUCAGGGGCUGCUCCGCGGGGCCAUGGCCCUGGCACCUCCACCACGUGGGCUGUGGCAGGCCAAGGACAUCUCAUCGAUCGUCAAGGCUGCCCGAAGAGAUGGAGAACUGCUCCUCUCUGCCCAGCUGGAUUCUGGGGAGAAAGACUCCGGGAUACCCAGCCCCAGCCCCCACAUGCCCUAUAUCCUUGUCUAUGCCAAUGACCUGGCCAUCUCAGAGCCCAACAGUGUGGCAGUGACGCUGCAGAGAUACGACCCCUUUCCAACUGGAGACCUUGAGCCUCGAGCUGCCCCCAACAGCUCAGCGGACCCCCGUGUGCGCCGGGCAGCUCAGGUCUCCGGGCCCCUGCAGGACAAUGAACUGCCAGGAGUGGAUGAGAGACCAGCGCCUGCCCUGCAUGCUGCCCAGCACUACCACAAGCACGAGUUCUGGCCCAGCCCUUUCCGGGCACUGAAACCUCGCACCGGGCGCAAAGACCGCAAGAAGAAGGAACAGGAAACAUUCUCCACCUCCUCACAGGUGCUGGACUUUGAUGAGAAGACGAUGCAGAAAGCCAGGAGGAGGCAGUGGGAUGAGCCACGGGUCUGCUCCAGGCGGUACCUGAAAGUGGACUUUGCAGACAUUGGAUGGAAUGAAUGGAUCAUCUCACCGAAAUCCUUCGAUGCCUACUACUGCGCUGGGGCCUGCGAGUUCCCCAUGCCCAAGAUUGUCCGCCCAUCCAAUCAUGCCACCAUCCAGAGCAUCGUCAGAGCUGUGGGCAUUGUCCCUGGCAUCCCAGAGCCCUGUUGUGUUCCAGACAAGAUGAACUCCCUUGGAGUCCUUUUCCUGGAUGAGAAUCGGAAUGCGGUUCUGAAGGUGUACCCCAACAUGUCUGUAGAGACCUGUGCCUGUCGGUGA